CUCUCUCUCUAAAUAUCAGCAUAUCAGUUAGCAGAUAAGGCUCCCUCCCUCCACUAACCUCCACACUCCUCCACAAAUGUUUUCUCUCACUCCAAACGCCGCCAAAACCCUCCUCUCCUCCACCUUCCUCCCCCUCCACCACCCACUCCCUCUCACCCACCACCACCACCACCACCACCACCACCACCACCACCCACCCUCCCACAAAUCCCAACUCUCAAAACCCAUCUCAGCCACUCUCAAACCAUCCCCGCCAAAUUCCUCUCCACAGCAGCAAUUCUACCAACCUUUCCGCCCUCCUCCUCCCCCUCUUCCCUCCCAAUUCCGCUCCCUCGACACCAAUGGCCGCAUCGAAAUCCUCGCCAACCGUCUCGGCCUCUGGUUCGAGUACGCCCCUCUCAUCCCCUCUCUCGCCCAAGAAGGUUUCUGUCCUUCCACCAUCGAAGAGCUCACCGGAAUCUCCGGCGUCGAACAGAAUUGCCUCGUCGUCGCAGCCCAGGUACGCGAUUCAUUGAUUCAAUCCCAAGCUGACCCACAGACCCUCUCGUUUUUCGAAACCGGCGGUGCCGAAUUGCUCUAUGAGAUACGCCUCCUGAGCGCCAGGCAACGCGAAGCCGCCGCGCGUUUCCUCGUCGAGAACAAUCUUCUCGACGCCAAGGAGGCUCAGGACCUGGCACGCUCCAUGAAGGACUUCCCUCGUCGCCGCGGCGACCGGGGUUGGGAGAGCUUCGAUUACGAGCUCCCUGGAGAUUGUCUGUCGUUUAUGUAUUAUAGGCAAGCUUUGGAGCAUCGGAAUCCGUCGGACCAGAGGACGGCGGCGUUGAAGCAGGCGUUGGAGGUGGCGGUGUCGGAGAAUGCGAGGAAGAGGGUGUUGGAGGAUUUGGCGGGGAAGAGUGGUGGUAAGGAGGGGGAUGAAGUGGGGGUGGAGGCUGUGGUUCGGGUUCCGGUUGUGAGGAUGAAGGUUGGAGAGGUGGCGGAGUCCACGGUGGUGGCUGUGCUGCCUGUGUGCAAGGCGGAGGAGAGGGAGAAGGAGGUGGUGGAGGCGCCAUGGGAGUGUGGGAGCGGGGGUGAAUUCGGGGUGGUGGCGGCAGAGAAGGCGUGGAGGAGGUGGGUGGUGUUGCCUGGGUGGGAGCCGGUGGCGAAAUUGAAGAGAGGAGGGGUCGCGGUGGCAUUUCCAGAUGCCAGGGUUUUGCCUUGGAAGGUGAAUAGGUGGUAUAAGGAGGAGGCUAUCAUGGUGGUGGCCGAUAGGGGGAGGAAGGAGGUGGUGGCGAACGACGGGUUCUAUCUGGUGGCGGUGGAUGGCAGUGGGUUGAAGGUGGAAAGGGGGACAGCAUUGAAGGAAUUGGGGGUGAAGGAGAGUUUAGGGACAGUGGUGUUGGUGGUUAGGCCACCAAAAGAUGACAUUGAAGACCAGUUAAGUGAUGAAGAUUGGGAGUGACUGAUUAAAGUGGCUGAUAAUGAGAUUUUGAUCUGAUUUAUUGAUGCAAAUCAUGUUAAAUUUUCAUAAUUAUUGGUGGGAACUCAUAACUCAAAUGUGAGGGGUACCAUUUUAAUGCCAUUUACAGGGAUGCUUCUUCUUCUUGUUGAGUUGUUGAAAAUGGCUCUUUUCGUCGCAAUCUUAUAUAGCUUUUACCAGGAGUCAAGUAGAUAAAUUUUUAGGUACAUUUUUUGGAGUUGUAAUGUAUUGACAUGUACCCAAAACUUAUAUUUUAGGUACUCUUUUGUUUUAUAAAUAGAUUACAUGAAUAAUAUAAAUGUAAGAUUUUAGGUA